UUCGAAAAUAGAAAUGAUCGGCGGCGAAAGGGUUGAAAUCGAAUUUCGAACCUGGACUUAGUGAUAACACAUUAAUUAAUUAUUUAUUUCCUUCCCUUUGCUUUUCUCACAACCUCCACAACACGCAUACCUGCACGAACAAAAAUCCGCCUGCAAAAUGUCUGCCCACAUCAUCGAAUCUAAACACACGGACGACUAUCGACCGACGUCACUGGGACCAUUUUCUUUGUCUCCCGUCAUUUUCCAUCCCGUCCCGAUUAGUGUAGCACCUACUAUGAUCACAGGUACGACAACCUAAAGCACGCGACGAACAAGAAGGACCCGAGGAGACACAAGUACGAGACCAAGGGGCUGUCCAUCGUCAACCUCUUGUUCAGCGCGGCUAGCGGUGACGUAACUGCCAUGAGGCGGCAUCGAUUGAGUGGGAUGGACAUGACACUGUCGGAUUACGACGGGAGGACAGCCCUGCACCUGGCUGCCAGCGAAGGACACUUCGACUGCGUCGAGUUUCUGCUCGAGCAAUGCGGAGUCCCGCACGAACCCAAGGACAGAUGGGGAAAACUACCGAUAGACGAGGCGGAAACCUUCGGACACAUGCAAGUAGUGGAGUAUCUCAAAAACUACGCGCUGGCUCGCAAAACGGAAUUAGAGGAUGAGGUGAAGGAACCGGAAGAGGAGACGACGGAGCCGAGGAAAGUCGUGGAAACGGCGGGCCAAACACCGUUGCCCUAAACGACGCUUUAGAUAGGAUAUUUUUCAUGGGUAACGUGACGUGCGUGUGAGAUUCCCGAGUAAGAAUGAUAAUGGGAACCCGAGGUCGUCGUGAAUCGAUUAUUUUCGUACGGUGCGGCUGAUUUAUGUUCGUUUCUACUCUAACUUUUAAGUAUUAGCCUAGUGUUACCUCUCUGUGACCCUCUCUAUCAAUAGAAUUUACAUUUUUUUUAAUUUAUGCAUCUCAACAUACAUUUUGGAAUUUAAAACAAAGUGAUUGGUAAAAAUGGCUACCAUGGAAAUGUAUCCUUGAAAACUGAUGAAAAUGUGUUGGUGUAAACUACUCGAUCAAAUCUUCCAAUAUUGCUAUCAGUUUAUUAAUAAUUGUUUGGCAAUGAGAGGAUAUAAUUUAUCGUUCAAUAUUCAUAAUACUUAAAAACCAUAGAAACGACACCUUUACUAUUUAAUUUGUCCUCUUCGGGUACAGAAUUUAUUUUCGUUCUCACCAGGAAUAAUGAUAGAUCCAGGUAUAUAUUUUUCUUUUAAAUUUGUUAUGCAAUAUCAAUGCGUUUUAUCAUUUCCAUGGUUUGCUGGAUGUUAACAAUGCUUAGAUAUUCUAAACUCUCAAUAGACUGAGCACAAUGGCAGCCGGAAAUAUUCUGGACUUUCGUGAAUUUCUAGAGUUCUUCAUGUAUGACUGAUAUAUUUAAGCAUUGUCGACUUCCAUCAAACCAUUGAAAUUAUGAAGCAAUUAUUACGUAGCCAAUUUAGGUCGACAAGCUUA